CCCGGCCAGCGAUAGGAGGUGUUUGUUUCACGUGUGUAUUCGCACGUGUGUCAGGUUAUGUAAACGUCUUCACGUGACUGCUGACUCGCACGUGGUUGUGAAUUGAAAGGACGACACAAAGUUGGCUGAUGGUGGUGUGAACAGACUUCUCAUUGGUUGGGGAUAGUCGACAAUUUCGUGAACUAAUAUUUUAUUGGUCCAUAUUGAGAGAAGCCGUUAUUGAUUGGUUGGUUGAUACUGACAGUGAUAGCCAGGAUGUGGAACAAAGUUAUAGCAGUGUUUGUAGGAGUUGUGGCCGGACUCUGGUGGUUUCAGGAUUUCGAUGAAGGAGUCAUCAAGGGUCAGCGCGUGCUUGUGACUGGGGCCUCCACGGGGAUAGGUGAACAGCUGGCCUAUCACUAUGCACGGAUGGGAGCCAGUGUCAUGGUUACGGCGCGACGCGCACAGAGACUACAAGAGGUGGUGGCAAGAUGCAGGGAGCUAGGCAACAAGGACGCCAUCUUUGGCUACGUCACUGGCGAUAUGUCCAAUAUGUCCUUUACAAAACACCUUAUACAGGAAUCCACAAAGAAGAUGGGAGGUCUGGACUAUUUACUGUUGAAUCACAUUCUGUCCCCAAAUCUCCACUUUUGGAACGGUGACGAAGAUGAUAUGGCCCACUUGGAUAAAGUUUUUGAUGUGAAUUUCAAAGCUUACGUACAUCUGGCAUCGCAUGCGCUCCCAGAGCUGGAGAAGUCCGGUGGUCACGUGGUUGUUUUGUCAUCAUUUGCAGGCAAAUCAGCUCCACCGUUCUCUGUCCCUUACGCCUCUACCAAAUGGGCACUGGCUGGAUUUUUUAGUGGACUUCGACAAGAGCUACGGAUGAAAAACAGCAACGUGUCCAUCACAAUUUGUAUAAUAGGAUUCAUAGCCACGGAUAACGCGUUGUCGGCCUUUGGCGAAAUUCAGAAUGGACUACCAUUACAACGCAUCAUUGGAUCCGCCGCUAGUCCUUCAGACACCGCCCUCGAUAUCAUCAGAGGAGCGGCCACUCGCCAGAGGGAGCUGUAUACCCCUUUCCUCAAAACAUAUAUUACGUCAUUUCUCAGUGGAGUGUGUCCAAGCUUCAUAGAAUACCUCAUUCGAGCUGUUUAUAACGAGUGAACGGCGUGUGUACAUUCACGUUGGUAUGAACGCAAAGAGGUUAUGCACUCUCAAGAAGUUGUGUUAAACAAAGUAUCGGAAAAGUGUUCAAUGUUAAAGCGAUUAUAAUUAUUCGGCGUUAUAAAUUUAACAAAUAUAUCAUAAAACUAAGACUUUCUCUUGGAUACGAAAUUUAAACCGCAGCGGUGUUUUGUAAAUACCUAAAUCACUGCAUAACAACAUUACAAAUCGGUAGUUACUACAAGAAUGCAAAUGUUACCUACCACUCGUAAGCAGAACGCUGUGUGGACUCAUUAGUCGCAUCCUAGUGACUAAUUCGAUUUUCUCGAUUUUGAACGGAGGUAGAUAGUGUUUCAAAACUGAUCAAUUCAUGUUUAUAGAUUUUUUUUGUUAAAUAUUGACUCGUCUAUCGCUAUAUCUUAAACCCAUUUCACUAUUUAUAAGAAGAAAACGGCAUUUCAUGAUUCUGAAUUCUACAAUUAUAGUCGCUUUGAUGAGAUUGAAAUCUACAGUUAUACUCGUUUUGAUGAGUAUGAAAUCUACAGUUAUAGUCGCUUUAAUGAGCAUGACAUCUCGAUUAUGGUCGCUUUACUGAUUAUGAAAUCUACAGUUAUGGUCGCUUUGAUGAGUAUGAAAUCUACAGUUACGGUCGCUUUAAUGAGUGUGAAAUCUACAGUUACGGUCGCUUUAAUGAA